AUGGCUGACAUAGCAGAGGAAAAAGAAGAGGUAGGCAAAACAGACGUGGCGAAGGAAAAAGAUGACAUACACACCCCUCACGGUUCCAAGUCGUUUGUGUGGAAGUAUUUCGGGUUCCGUAAAGAUGGAAGAAAACUGAUUAAGGAUAUGGCUAUAUGCAGAAAAUGUCGUUGGGAAGCGCGCUACUGUGGCAACACAUCCAAUCUGUCUGCUCACCUGAAAAGACGCCAUAGAGAUAUCCUCGGCGAAGAAAAAGCACAACCCUCUACAACAUUGACGACACUUUUUCCUCAGAAGUUUUCGAACAGCUCUAAGAGGGCGAAGAAUAUAUCCAAGGCAAUCGCGUUCUUCAUAUGUAGAGACAUACGCCCCUAUUGCGUGGUGGAGAACGAAGGCUUCCGUUACCUGCUCGACACUCUGGAGCCGAGGUAUUGCAUUCCCUCGCGACAGCACUUCAGCGAAUCAGUGAUUCCAAAGUUGUAUGCCAAAGUUCGUGAUGGUGUCAUUCAAGAGUUGCAGAAGGCACAGCGCGUAGCUGUAACAUGUGACGGAUGGACCUCCUGCACUACAGAGUCAUUCAUCACAGUAACAUGCCACUUCAUUGACCACGAAUGGGAGAUGCACAAUUACGUGUUACAGACGCGUGUGCUGGCGGAGACACAUUCAGGAGUUAACCUCGGACACGUCCUGCGAGCUGCGUGUGAAGAGUGGGGUCUGAGUGACAAAGCGCCAGCCCUCAUCACAGAUAAUGCAUCCAAUAUGAAGAGGGCUGGGGAAGAGGCCGGGAUGUCACCCCACAUCAUGUGCUUCGCGCACACACUCAAUCUGUCCACUCAAGAUGGCCUCAAAAUUGCAGCCACGGACAGGCUGUUGGGUCGAGUUAGGAGAAUUCUUAAAUCCGACGUGAAGACAAGGUGGAACAGUUCAUUCGAGAUGUUAGAGCGAUUCCUGGAACAACAGCAUGCAGUGACGGCAACACUCCUGGACAAGAAGCUGAGGAAAGGCGCAAGCGACAUUCACACUCUCACGGAAAGUGACCUAACCGCAGCAGAGCAAAUGGUUAGCUUGUUGGCCCCACUGAAAGCUGCCACCACGCUCAUGUGCGAAGAAAAGCAACCCACAGUAUCAAUCAUCGCACCCCUCAGAACGAAAUUGCUGACGCAUUUCGAAUGUGCACCGGACGACACUCCCUUGAUCAGAGACAUGAAACGAGCCAUGGCCGAGGAUCUCCAAGAACGGUACGAAGACGAGGAACCAUUCUUACACCGUGCAGCUGCGUUGGACCCGAGGUUUAAAAAGCUCCCGUUCCUGACUGAUGAAAAAAGAAACCAAACCUUUGAAUGCAUUGCGGAGGAAGCAGUACAACUGAAGGAACAGAGGUUACAGAAUGAAGCAGAGGCCCAGGCCCAGAAAACACCUCCUCGUGCCCAGACGUGUGAUGAUGAAUGGGAAACUGAGACUGAAGAAGCACCCCCAGCUUCCAAGAAAACAAAAGUAUUGGAUGACUUGUUUGGUGACUCCUUCAGCACUGAGGACCUAAGUGUCAGGAAGAAAACAUCCAAGGAGCUUGUCAAUGAUGAAAUUAGGAAGUACAGAGACAUUGCAUCUCUGAGCCUGGGUGGUAAGGUGCUAGAAUGGUGGAAAGCUCACCAGGCUGAGUUUCCUCUCUUGGCCGACCUGGCCAAGACCUACUUGUGCAUACCUGGUUUGACUGAACACGAGAUCCUUUCCCAGGCCUUCAUGUUCAUCUUUGGCGGCUACGAGACCACCAGCGCCACUCUGUUUCCUACUUUAUAA